UCAACGUAUGUUCUCGCGAUAUGUAAUGACGAACGUAACGCACGUAGGCAGGGUGGAAAUACGGUGUAGCUAGAUAAACGCUUUAAUUUGAAUUAAUGUCUGUGUUUUACAAGAAGCUUUGAAAACUUUGAGAAAUCCAUUUAAACUCGUGCGUCUGCGGACGUCCCUGAAUGUUAACGUUGGGUGCAGGUCUGACUGGAACAGGAACAAUCCCACUACCUCAACUACAAACAAUCACCAUGGAGGGCUGUCAAAUGUCCUGCUCAUUUUUUGGGUGCAAGAGGACCUACAAUAGUCCUGAAGCACUGAAUAGUCAUCUUCAGGACCAUCAAAAGAACACUGCCCAGUCUCUUCCAGGAAAAACGUUCCUGUGCUCUCAUAUAGGAUGUGACGGUUCAUUCAACAACAUGCAGCAGCUAAUGGAACAUAUGAGGCACCACUACAAGCCAAAUUAUUUUUUCCUGUGCGAGAGCUGCAGGGCCAAACUGCGUUCUUACCGCACUCUUCUCAAACACCUGCAGACCUGUGCUAAAGUUGCUAAGAACAAGGCUGCAAAAAUAGAGACCGGAAUGGCAUCUGACACAGAUCCCACCAAUGUUCCGCCCGCUUCCGCUGACAUGGAAUCAUCUGCACCCCUCUUAGACCCAAAUGCACCUGAGGAGAUGGAGUCUAUGCCCUCUUUGCCCACAAAUCCAACACUGACAAGCAUGCCAGUAACCCAGCGGCCCCCAGAAAAUAACCCAUUCACUAACCCCAUACCUGCAGGGCCUGUAACUGUGCCGCUUGCCACUCUAAAUCCUGCCUCAAUCCAAAAUCUUCCUUGCCAACCAGAAUCUCCCUACAGCUCCUUUCCACCUGCUCUGUCUCCUGUUAACUCAGUCUUCCAGGCAGAUCCGGGCCUACAGCAGCAGCAGAGGUCUCCUAGGUCUGGUCCUCCCAGUCUAACGGCUUCACCGCCCCUGCCGUCACCACCAGGAUCAAACGCAGUCUGGAGGAAGAACCAAGGUCAGUCCUUCAACUGCCGAAUCCUUUGGGAGCACACAAGAGGUCGGUACAGUUGCCUACAGUGCGGCCACUGCACCCCAGACCGGGGGGAGAUGACCGCUCAUAUUGAGGGCCAACACAGGAAAAGAGGGGGGGGGGUGAAGUGUGAUCAUGAUACAGAGAUUGCCACCGCAUCUUUACUGGCUAAGACUUCACUAAACUCUGAGAACUCAACUUAUACACAGCUCUAA